CAGUUACUAAAAAAUACUGAUUUUCUGUUUCAGUGUAAGACCUGUUCUGAGCCAAAACAAAUAACUAGUUCCUCUGCAAUCUGUAACAACCCCAACUUAAUCAAACCAAUUCCAGUGAAGCCUAGUGAAAAUCAACAUCAACGAAUAUCUCAGCAAAGCAAGAAUGCAGAUCCCGAACCACAGCACUUAUCUUUGACAGCCCUGUUUGGAAAACAAGAGAAAACAGAUGUCACAGAACCACUUAAUAAACAGCAUCAAGAGAACCUUCCUGUUAGGCAGGGUGUGGUACGUUCUCUCUCCUAUGAAGAACCUAGCAGGCAUUCUCCCUGUGCAGAGAAACAGCUUUGCCCUGCUAUUCAGAAGCUUAUGGUGCGUGGGACAGACCUUCACCCCCUUGCUGAGUUUCCUGAGAACCGUCUCUGUGAAAAUGGCAAUAUCCACCCUGUGGGUGAGACUUUCACAGGACUCUUCCAGCCUGUGACUUCUCGUGGCAUUGCGACAUCUCACGUAGUUCAGGAUGCUGCUGGUACUCAGAGUUUGUUACACAAAUUACAGAGUCAGUCAGGGUCGAUGACUAAAAUGGAUCCCAGUGCAACAGGAUCUGUGAACUCAACGGCUUCUGUGUUCAGCAGGACUCCUGCUGCUGUUGGAGCGCCAGCAGCACAGAUGAAUAAUAUGACCCAGCCACCUUUGGUAUAUUUCAAUGGUUCCCUGCCAGGUCAGACUUUAGAGUCUCAGACGCUUGGUAAAGAACAGUCCAAACUUCCUAGACAGCCAGUUUCUCUCUCUGGCAAUCAGACAGCCAAUUCUGGGGUGAUAUCACCUCAGGAGUUAUUGAAGAAGCUCCAGAUAGUGCAGCAAGAACAGCUGCAUGUAUCCAGCAGACCAACCUUGGCAGCUAAGUUUCCUGUUGUUACUCAGAAUACCAACACCUUGAAACCACUGGAUUCCUGGAUAGAAAAGGCACCGGGUACAGAAAAGCAGAGCUCUCUCUUUCAGGUAAAUAAACAAUUUCAGAAACGGUUUUCUAGGUUGUUAAGGGCUAUUCUCUCUGUUUCUUUUUGGCCAGUAUAUUCUUCUUUCUGCCUUACUAUGUGUUGCUGUUUUGCACAUUGUAUUCAUUUUGCAGGUGAUAAUUUAUCAACAGCAUAAGGAAGUUCUAAUUUACUAAGCAGUGAUAGUCUAAAUACCAAAGGAGACAUCUCUUGUACAUCAGUAAUGACAAGAAAUACUGUAGUAUUUAUGUAGCUUUUCUUUGUUUUUCAGACAUGUUUAGAAAUGGCGUGUAGGUUUAAGUGGACAUACUUUGUAAUGUUUUGGGUAUAGUACUAUUUUUUCCUCACAAAAUUAGUCAUAACUUUUUCUAUGCAGGUCAGUGUUCCUUUUUGUUCCAGUUGCUAAAAGUGCUAAAGAUGCUGAAAGGAUGCUUACUUUCUAACAACAGGAUUUUAAAUUAUUUUUACAUUGCUGAAUUCAUUAUCUUGGACCAUAACAGCUACUUCAAGCUUUUCAGUAGUUUUGGUUUUUUAUUCAAUAAAUAUUGUUUUGAAAAUUUGCCCUGUGCAUGAAAGUCUUAAAAAGAGGGGGGGAAAAAAUAGCAAAUCUCCAAAACACUGAGUUCUUUUUAUUGUGCCCCGAUAUUGGGGUCAGAAAAUUUAGGAGACAUCAAGAGAUGGUGCAUCUCUACUGAAUACAUUUUUCUGUCCUUCAGGAGAAUCUCAAAUGUGAUUACUAAGUUCUAAUCCUAGACAACUGCUCUCUGCUAACAGUGUCAUUCUUUGUAGGAACUUCCACACUUGAAAGUCUUCAUGCGUGCUCUGCUUGAGAAUGAGCAUUAAAGUCCCUUUUUAAUUCCUUUAUAGGAGAUACAGAAUCCAUAAGCCUUACAUUGUGCUGGAGUCUACAAGUUACUUACCCAAAUUACAAACCAUUAUUUUUUCUGCUGCUUUUCUACUGCAACUUCUUAAAUAGCUGAAUGAAACACUACUGUUCCAAAUAUCCUCCUUGUUUCUAGAAAGCUAUUUUUCACCUGAGGAGUCUGAAACAGCCAUUUAACAAUUAAGGGCCACUUGGGCCACAUCUGUCAUAAACACUGACAGAUGAUGAUUUCUAAUUUCAUGAGAGAGGUCAGAGGAAGAUGAAUUUGUUUGAACAAAUAGCCGUCAUUAUUUUAAUUCUUUCAAUUAAACUAGCAUGAUUUUGAAUCUUGAAGGAGCGUUUGGUGGAUUAGUCACUGAAAUUUUUCAGGAUCAGUUGCUUACAGAUGGCAAUCUGACUUUCCAGUGAAGUGUUAAUGAAUAGAAAGAGGAUCUAGAGUCACAGUAAUUUACUGUUUUUGCUGGGAAUGGAACAUUGAAAGAAAUCGUCCAAUUCACUGGGAAAUGCACGUAUAGCAUGGAGACUUAGGACAUUCUUACUUGGAAGGUAAAACUGAAAUGAGGCAAGUACCUGGCUAUGCAUAAUAAGCUAGUGUGUGCAGUAGAGAGUGGGAAAAAAAUCUUGAUGUAUUUUCAAAUGAAAAAUCCAUAUUGAUGCUGAUGAGGCUAAUGACUUUGUGUAUAUUUGAGGAAGAAACUGAUGUCAGCAUUAGUUUCAGUAUGAAAAGGGAGUUGAGGAACUCACUAAUAAUGCAGUUACAAUAA